UCACAAUACUCUGUGCUGUGCUGUGCUGUGCUGUGUCGUGUCUUUCAAUUGUUUUGAGUUUGCUUUGAAUGAGCAGGUUCUGUUCAGAUCUUAAACAUCAGCUCCCACCUUUGUUUUCUCUUUCAAGCCAUGGCGCUGGGAAAUCAAACAAAAAUGCUUACAAGACACUCAUUGCAGCGGAGUAUGCUGGUGUGCUUGUUGAAUUUGCCCCAAAUUUUGAGAUGGGUGUCUCUAAUAAAACCCCUGAAUUUCUCAAGAUGAAUCCUAUUGGCAAGAUUCCUGUCUUGGAAACACCAGAUGGUCCAAUAUUCGAGAGCAAUGCCAUUGCUCGAUAUGUUACUCGAUUGAAGGGUGACAACACUCUGUAUGGAUCUUCUUUGAUUGAUUAUGCCCACAUUGAACAAUGGAUUGAUUUUUCAUCAUUGGAGAUUGAUGCUAAUCUUAUUAAGUGGUACAGCCCAAGAAUGGGACGAGCACCAUACCUUCCUCCAGCCGAGGAGACCGCAAUUGCUGCACUGAAGAGAGCUUUGGGUGCUUUGAACACUUAUCUUGCCUCCAAUACUUACUUGGUUGGGCAUUCCGUGACCCUGGCUGACAUCAUAAUGACAUGCAAUUUGUAUUUUGGUUUCACUAAUCUCUUAGUCAAGAGCUUCACAUCAGAGUUUCCUCAUGUUGAGAGAUACUUUUGGACCUUGGUCAAUCAGCCAAACUUCCGAAAGAUAUUAGGUCAGGUCAAGCAGACUGAAGCUAUUCCACCUGUUCAAUCUGCAAAGAAGCCUUCCCAGCCAAAAGAAUCUAAACCCAAGGUAAAGGAUGAACCAAAGAAAGAGGCCAACCAAGAGCCAGAAAAGCCCAAAGAAGAAGCAGAAGAAGAGGAAGCACCCAAGCCCAAACCAAAGAAUCCUCUUGAUCUUCUUCCUCCAAGUAAGAUGAUACUGGAUGAGUGGAAAAGACUCUACUCAAACACUAAAACCAACUUCCGGGAGGUUGCAAUCAAAGGAUUCUGGGACAUGUAUGAUCCUGAAGGAUACUCUCUCUGGUUCUGUGAUUACAAAUACAAUGAUGAGAACACUGUAUCCUUUGUUACAUUGAACAAGGUUGGUGGAUUUCUUCAGCGGAUGGAUUUGGCCCGCAAGUAUGCAUUUGGAAAGAUGCUUGUGAUUGGAUCAGAGCCACCAUUUAAGGUGAAGGGGUUGUGGCUUUUCCGCGGGCAAGAAGUCCCACAAUUCGUGAUUGAUGAAUGCUAUGACAUGGAGCUCUACGAGUGGACUAAGGUUGACAUCUCUGAUGAAGCUCAGAAGGAGCGUGUCAAUCAGAUGAUUGAAGAUUUUGAGCCUUUUGAGGGAGAGCCUCUUUUGGAUGCUAAGUGCUUUAAGUGAAAAUUUAUUCAUCGAAAGGCAGUGGAAAGCACGGCAUCCAAGUGUUGCGUUGAGUUGGCUUGAAAUAUUGAGACAUAAAUUGGUUGAAGAUGGCUUGGAUUAGAGAGAAAAGAAAGGAUUGGUGUCACAGUUCUAUGGUGUCCUAUUUACUUCUUGUUGCUGGUUGGAAGAAUUGUGGAUGUACUAGCCUCGUCUUAUAAGUUGACUGAGUAAGGGCAUAUUCAGGUUUCGGGUACAGUUAUUAUUUUCAGUAUAAUUGUAAAUAUAAAUCCACGUAAGUGUAUUUUGCCCGUUUCCUUAGAUCCUAUAUAUACAAUCCAAUGUUAGCUGUGUGUAAAAUAACGAGUGCC